UAGACAAAACUCUCUGCGAAAGGGAGGCUUUGGAUCUGGUUCCUGGAAGACAGGGAAAGGGGAAACACCUGACCAAUACAGAGCAGACUUUGCGAAAGUCUGGCCGCAUUGCCUCAUCAAAAAAUAGUAAAUGAAAGCCCUCUAUUGGAAUAUUAGAGGGAUAAAGAAGGCUGCUGCAAGGUUAGCUUUGAGGAAUAUUUUAAGGGACAAAAGACCUGAUUUCCUUUGCAUUGCCGAACCUAUGAUUCCCUCUGACGCCUUUCCUACGUUGUUCUUCAACAAGCUGGGUUUUGACCCUGAUUUAAUCCAUAACGAGCGUCUAGGCGGAGUCUCAAAUCUAUGGCUGAUUUGGCGAAGAGGUGUAGCAAAGCCUGUUGUGCUAUCGUCUUCUGAGCAGCAAAUCUCUGUCUCUGUGCAAUGGGCUCAGGAAAUUUUCAUCUUAUCUGUAGUGCAUGCCAAAUGCCUAAGAGCUGCUAGAAGAGAAUUGUGGACCGACUUGGUGGCAACCCAUCCUGGGCUGACUACUCCUUGGAUGAUUUUUGGAGAUUUCAAUGCCACCCUUCUCUCUUCUGAAAAAAGGGGGCCUGGAAUUUUCAACCUGGGAUCAGCGGGAGAUUUUGGCGCAAUGGUGGAUACUUGUUCACUAAUUCAAGUUCCUUCGCAGGGAAGGAAAUUCACAUGGACUAAUAACAGGAGAAGGGGACAUGUCUCUGCAGUGCUCGAUCGAAGCUUUUGCAAUGAGGCCUGGAUUUCUUAUUUUCAAGAAUGUCACCAAUUUGUCUUGCAGAGAGUGGCGUCUGACCAUACUCCCAUUUUGGUGGUGUCUGAAGGCUCUGAAAGACCAAAAAACUGUCCUUUUCGCUUCCAGAGGUUCUGGGCAGACCAUGAGGGUUAUCUAAAUGCAGUUAAGUCCUCCUGGGUGAAUGACAUUCCUGGAUCGCCAAUGAUGGUUAUGGCUCAAAAAUUAAAAAGAUUGAAGGUCUUCCUGCGCUCCUGGGCAAAAGAAAAUUUUCCAAAUUUUAAUUUGGAGAUGAUGGAAGCAAAAAAAUGCAUGGAGGAGAUCCAGACUGAAAUUGACAGAGAUGGGAUAAAUGACUCAAUUUAUGCCAAAGAAGCUGAUGCAAAGACCAGAUAUCUGAAGGCCCUGCAAAAUUAUGAGAAAUUAUGGGCUGAAAAAUCUCGUUCUAGAUGGAGGAAUCAAGGAGAUAGAUGCUCAAAAUUUUUUCACAUCUCAGUGAAGAUUCGGCGAAUGAAGAACUCCAUUAAAUCACUGAAGAUGGUUGAUGGGACCCUGAUCUCUGAUAGAGAGCAGAUCAAGGAAUAUGUUGCGGGUUAUUAUGAGCAUUUUCACAAAGGUACUCCCCUUACCAAUCACAUGGAUUUAUUGCAAUGCAUUCCUAAUGUUUUGGAAGAAUGGGAUAGAGGUCGAUUAGAUGGUAUUCCCUCUGACUCUGAGAUUAAGCAUGCGGUGUGGGAUCUUGAUCCAGAUAGUGCUCCUGGUCCAGAUGGAUUUCCUGGAGCUUUUUAUAAAUCAUGUUGGGACAUCAUAUCUUCAGAUUUGUGCAAUGCUAUCAGAUGGUUUUUCAGAACCGGGUUCAUGCCUUACGGCAUUAAUAAUAAUUUCCUGGCUUUGAUUCCUAAAAUUGAAGGAGCACUAUCCCUAGACAAAUUCAGGCCAUUGUGCAUGGGAAAUUUUUCAUGCAAAAUAAUAUCAAAGAUUCUGGCUAUGCGAUUAUCGUGUGUUCUUCCAAAAAUUAUCUCUGAGGAGCAGGGGGCCUUCCAGAAAGGGAAGAUCAUUCAUUCCAACAUAUCACUUGCCUCAGAGCUGGCAAACAUGAUGUUUGCAUCCACAAGAGGUGGAGGUAUGGGUUUAAAAAUUGAUAUCCAUAAGGCGUUCGACACCAUCUCUUGGAAUUUUAUUUUUCAUGUUCUGAGGAGAUUUGGAUUUUCUGAAAAAUGGAUCUCUUGGAUCCAUCAGAUCCUUGUUUCUGCCAGAAUCUCAGUUCUGUUUAAUGGUGGCCCUGUUGGAUUCUUUGGUGUGGAGAAGGGUCUGAGACAAGGAGAUCCAAUCUCGCCUAUGCUGUUUAUCAUUGCUGAAGAGGUUCUUUGUAGAGGCUUAUCUGAGCUCCUAGCCAAUAACAGCAUUAAAGCUCUAUCGGGUCCGCGUGGGGCGAUUAUCCCUACACAUAUUCUUUUUGCUGAUGAUGUUUUUAUCUUUUCUAAUGCUUCCAUCAGGUAUGUUAAAAAUCUCAAUAAUUUUCUCGCUAAAUAUCAAAGCUUCUCUGGCCAGAAAAUAAAUUUAGACAAAAGCAAGCUUUUCUUGGGAUCUGUUCCUGCCUCUAGGAAGCAAGCCAUUGCAGAAGAGCUUGGUAUCUCCAUUUGUAACUUCCCCACCCGCUAUUUGGGGGUCGAGAUCUUUAAGGGAAGGCUGAAAAAGGAGUCGCUAAUCCCCAUUCUGGAUAAAGUCAAAGGGCGUCUAGCAGGAUGGAAAGGGAAGAUUUUGUCCAUGGCUGGACGAGUGGAAUUGGUCCGCUCAGUGAUCUUGGGAAUGAUGAACCAUAGUUCAGCUGUAUAUUGGUGGCCUUCAUCCCUUAUUGCAAUAAUGGAGAGGUGGAUGAGAAAUUUUAUCUGGACAGGUGAGAUUGAUACUGCAAAAAAAAUAUCAGUCAGAUGGGAUCUUUGUUGCAGGCCUAAGGAUGAAGGUGGUUUGGGACUGAGAAGGCUCAGAGACAUAAACAAAGCCAUGCUCUGUAAUAUGGUCUGGAGGGUCAAGCAUGAGAAUUCCUUAGCAUGCAAAUUCUUAAGGGCGAGAUUUUUGAGGGGUGAUGGUUCCUUCAAAAAGUCCUAUAAGCCUUCAUCGAUUUGGCCAGGCUUUAGGAAGAUGUGGGACUUCAUGACCACCAAAGAAGCCUGGAUGAUUGGAAAUGGGGACAGCAUAAAUUUCUGGUCAGAUAAAUGGUUGGGCGGCAAAUCCAUCCUAGAGCUAGUUGGCCUGGAGGGAGAGUCGAGUCUUCUCUGCAAGGGAAAGGUCAGUGACUUCAUUGACAAUUUUAAAUGGAAAUUGCCAAAUGUUAUCUCCCCUUUGCUGCAUGAUAUUUUUGAGAAAAUUCGAACCAUUAAAAUUCCAUCUUAUCCCUGUGAAGAUAUGUGCCUGUGGAGUCUAUCAUCUGAUGGGAUUUUCAAUUCUAAUUCUGCCUGGGAAGAUAUUAGGAUUCGUAACCCGAAAGUGCCAUGGUUCUCUUUGAUUUGGGGUAAAAAGAUGCAACCCAGGGUGUCUAUCUUUGGUUGGAGAAUGGUGCACGACAAGCUUCCUACAGAUGACGUUAUUCAAAAGAGGGGCAUAGUCCUUGUCUCUAAAUGCAGCUUAUGUGGAAUGGAGGCUGAGACAUCGUCUCAUAUUUUCCUUCAAUGCUCCUACUCCGAAGAAAUAUGGCUCUUUUUUUGUGGAUGCUUCAAUGUGCAAUGGCAGCCUGCUGGAACCAUGGCCGAUUUCCUCACAUGGUGGAGAAGAAAACAGAAAUCAGUUUGCUGCAAAGAGGCAUGGAUCAUGGGGUUACUAACAGUGGCUGAUCACAUUUGGCGCGAAAGAAAUAUGAGAAGGCAUGAUGGCAAGGAACGACCGGCAAGAUACCUGAAGCAGAUGAUUCUAGAGGAUAUUCAGUUUGCUAAGCCAAGCACUAAAGGUGAAGUAAAGACAAUGUCCGAUCUCAUUUGCUGCAGGAAGCUUGGUAUUCCGAUUCAGCGAUCUCCACCAAAAGCAAUCUUAGAGGUUUUCUGGUGUAGACCCGAGGCAAAUUGGAUUAAAUUGAAUUUUGAUGGAAGCUCAAGGGGGAACCCAGGUCGUGCAGGUGCAGGAGGAAUUUUUCGUGAUCACAGGGGAGGCGUUCUUGGCUCCUACAAAAUUUUUAUGGGUGUCUCGGGAGUCUUCGAAGCUGAAAUCGAAGGCCUAAUGGUGGGGCUGAUGCGUGCUAGGGAGAUGGGCAUUCCAUGUCUGUGGGUAGAGACGGAUUCUAGUGCUGUUGCAAUCUCUAUCCAGCAAAAUAAAAUUCCAUGGUUUGCUUUGCAGAGAUGGAUAUUCCUCCAGCCAUAUUUGGAGAGUAUCACAUGGAAAAUAACUCACAACUUCAGAGAAGCGAACUCAAUUGCCGACUACCUGGCUAGAGAUGCGGCGAAGACAGGGAUAUCAGCCAUAAAUGUUGACGUUCCUGCCAACAUUAAGGAUUUCAUCAGAAGAGAUGCUGAUGGCAGACCAAACUAUAGAUUUGAUUAGUGGGAUUCUCUUUCCUCUGCUGAUGGCAAUGCCGAAGGUGGGGGUCAGGGAAUCGAUUUUAUUUUUGAUUCACUCUAUUUUCUCAGUUUGAUGUAGCUCUGUAAUUUCUUCCUUUUUCUUCCAUUUUAAUAUAAUGACUUUCUAGCGAAAAAAAAGAAGAACAGGUGAAUGAGAUAGAGAAAGGAGAGGUAAACGACUGUCAGCCGAUAGACGAAGGAGAGGUGAACGACUGUCAUCCGAUAGAGGAAAUUCGGCUGACUGUUUCAAUCACACUGAUGAUUCGAUAAUUCCGGCAUUGACAUUCAGAACAUAGGUGUUGGGGGUUAUUUCUUUUCCUGCGUUUAUCUUUACAAACCAAUUAUUCUCGUUCCGUCAGAACUCGAUAAGCAUCGGAAUGAUUUCAGCCCAACUAAUGGCGCUUUUAUGGGAAAAGUUGAUGGCUGCGACGCUCCCAAAUCCAACCCCUUAUUGCCAUCUUGCUAACCCUAGCCACUCAGGUAUAUAUUUCUCUUUGUAUGGGUUUCUAUUUUUGUUCUGUUAAAUGUGUUCCUUAAACUUAUUCUUUUACUGUGUGUUUGUGUGUAUGUGUAUGUAUUUAGUCAUGGGAGAUUUAUUUCUGUGGUUAUAUUGUUGGGUGCUUGUGUGAUGGUCUUAACAUAAACAGAUAUAAAAACAAGAUGAAAAAAAUUGUUAUUUCCAGCUCAAGGAAUUCUUAAGAGCUGCUACAGGAUUAAAUUAGUUGAUUUUAUUUAUAGCAGUUACUUAGGCCCCUUUCUUCCCAUGCAAUUCUCUCUUUUACAAAGAAAAUCCCUAACCCAGUUCUACUAAUUUCCACCCUUUCUAUUGUCCUUCGCCUUUGCUUAUGAUAAACAUUUGCUGUUUUUUUUUUCCCUGAGAUUUUAGUAUAUGAUCAUACAAGACUAAGCAUGGUAAUGGGAUUGGGAAGUGGGUUUUUUCCCCUUUCCUUCUCCCUCUAACAGCGUGGCUUACUCUUUAUCGGCCAUUGCUUCUUUGUUUUCUUUCUUGAAAUCUCUCUGUUCGCCUGUGUGUAGCUUCAAACUAUUUUCCCUCCAUGACAAGAACAAGUUGCAAAAAAAGAUCCCUCUCCAUUAUCUUUAGCUAUCCGAAUCUAUCCCCUCCCUCACACCCUCUUUCUUCCACUCUAUACUUCUCUUUGCAGCAAUAAAACCUGAAUGAAUACUCUUGUGUCCUAAGGCUCUGAGAGGCUUCUCUUUUGAAUUUUAGCACCGUUAGAGCUUCACUAGGUGGAAGACUCAUGUGAAGCAAAGUGUUACAUGCAAAUAUCUUCGGUUUAAACAGUUUGAUAAGUAAACUCUCUCCCUGUUAUUGUAAUGGAUGUGGAUGUACGUUAAUGGAACCGAAAGAGAGAAACCAAGUUCUAGGAAUUCAUAGGCUCCUUAGACUAGAUCUUUCUGUGGUUUGUGGGUCCUUUUUCUUCGGGUUAAAGAAGAUAUCAUCUGAAAUGCUUGUCUAUAUGUGGACUCCAAGGGAGAAUAAUUCCCUUCAGCAUCAGCAGCAGGCGAUGGAAGAGGAUUCCGGUAUCAGGUUGGUGCAUCUACUGACGACUUGUGCGGAGUCCAUGCAACAUGGUGAUGUAUCAUUGGCCGGAUUCCUAAUCUAUGAUAUGCAGAUCAUACUGGCUUAGGUGACCCAGAGCUGUGGCAUUGGCAAGGUGGCCAGCAUAUUUCGGGUCGAAUAUGCAUCCAUCAUCCGUGUCAUAUAUGUUCAUGUAUUUUUAAGCUAUUCCAACCACUGCAAUGUAUUUUUUCAUAAACCUAAAUCUUCAAAGCUUUAUUUUGCCAUGUGGCAAACUACGAUAAAACUUACACUUGAUAUGUAAUUAUAAGAUUUAGUAGACUACUUGUCCAUAAAAUGUUUACAAAACAUCAGAUUGAGACCUUGAGGGGUGUUUAGGAUGAUAUAAUGAACCCUCCACUCAUUCAUUGGUCAAA